AACUUCAACUUCAACGCAUUGACAUUAACGUUAACGCGUAUUCAUUCGGUUCAACCCACAUCGCCAUUCAUAUCUUCCCACAUUCUCAGCGAUCAACAACGACGACAAUGGCCUCCAUCUACAGUUGCAGGCAGUGCGGGGCCAACCUCAACCUCCACACGGCCCACCUCUUCUCGGCGGAGAUCUACUUCGAGGCCGGCAACAAGGACAGCCUCUCCUUCGCCCUCGUCGACGCCACCAAAUUCACUUUCCUCAAAGAGGACAAAAUCAGGCCCUUCUUCGAGUCCCUCAAUUACUGGGGAAUUCAGAGGAAGAGGACCAAGAUCAAGUGCGUUAGUUGCGGCCACCUCUUGGGUUACAUCUACGACGACGGCCCGCCGCUCACCGACAGCCCCGGCCAGUUCCAUUUCGGCCCUAGCCAGGUCAUCCCCAGGGCUCCAAGGUACCGGUUCAAGACCAAGGCUCUCCGGAUUACUUCUGAAACUUAGACCGGAUUUUCAUGCUUCUGUGUGCAUCAGUGCGUGGUUAAGAAUUUUAUAGAGGAUUUGGGGUUUCUGCUGUAUACUUGGAGUUUCUUCUAUCUGGAUUGUCAUUAUAUACAAAUACCUUCUCCUCCUGAUUAUGACGUGAACUUGGCUACGUUCACUACCGGUCAAAAUUCCCUUGUCUUCCACUCUUCAAAUGGAAGAGGCUUAAAGG